UUUAAGGUCUCUCCAAGUUUUCAAUGAGUUGAAAUGAUUUAAUCCAUUUCUUUCCUGCAUUUGUGUGACUUCUGUCCCUGAGCAGUUGAGUAAGUGCCAGCUUUCCUGGGCGUCACCAUGAGCCACAGCAUCCCUGGAGACGAGCUGGUGGUCUCCAACCAACCCUCAGCUGGAACGAACGCAUCCUCUCGUGUCCCUGGAGGCGUCACAACAGGUACCAGGCAGGAUGCUUCUGCAAUUGCAAAAGCUUAGACAACUCUCCAAAUGCAUCUUCUUAGGAAAUAAGAGGCAGGCGAACCUGCAUGAUGCAGAGAUGGAAGAAUGUGUGGGCUGGUGGUCCAGCUGAAAAGGAAAACCUGGUAAAGCAAGAAGGAACACUAGUCAAAUUGCCUGAAAAGUCAUGCAAAUCAAAGGCCGUGGCGGGCUUGCUGGGACCUGGACUUUCCACGCACGCAGGUGUGAGGCGUGGAAGCCGUGGGCAGAGUGGUCGGGACGCGGGCUCUGGGACAGGCGGGGCUGGGAGGACCCGGCUCCUGCCACUCACCGCCCUGCAACCUGGAGCGAGCGACCUCCCCUCUCCGAGCCGCCACGCCGUCGUCCACGGCGCAGAGCUUAGGCCUGUGCCUCCUGCUCCUCGUGCCACUCAGUUCAUUGCAGUAACACAGGUGAGCACGGGAUGGUGCCUGAAACACGGCAAACAUACGGCAGCUAGUAAUCCUCACGUUGGAAAGCCUCCUGAAGCUUAGGUCUCAGAAACGAAGGCGUCGAAGCACAUGGAACUGAAGUCAGGUGUGGAAUUGUACCACGACGUUGGGAGAGAAGAGUUUUGCUGAAAGUCUAAGCAUCGGAUAGAGGUUAAUGACGACUGCAGCUCACACGUCUGGCACCCGUGAAGCCCCAGAUAAUGGCGCACAGCGCCGUGCGCCUAAGAGUGUCUCAGACACGGGGACCCUGCACGCUGACAUCCUCAUAUGCACCCCGCAGGGCUGCUGAGUGGAGAAGCCGGAUAGAACUAAACCCUAUUUGACUCCAAAGUGCAAACCAGGCUGAACAGGGACUUCCUAGUGGUACAGCGGUAAGAACUGCCGUUGCAGGGGGCACAGAUUCAAGCCCUGGUCAGAGAACUAAGAUCCUCCAUGUCAUGAAGUCAAAAAAGAAAAAAAAAAAAAAACUCAGGCUAAACCGAAGCAGGGAGAAUCAGGGCCAAGACCCAGUGAGUUAGGGUCAGGAUGGGUCGGAAUGACGGCUUCAUCAGGAUUUGGUCUUUGACUCUGCUUAUGCCUCAGGCACUGUUUCAUCACCAGCGCACAGAGCGCAUCCCUGGGCUCGUGGACCAGACAUGCUGGUGGAGCCUGUGUGUCCAGACCCAUCAUCGGUUUUACUCUGCUUUCCAAGCCCGUUGAGGGGGGCUUUCCCACCCCCAGGGGUGCGGGUCCCCACGUGGGGAGUGUGGGAGGGUAGGGUAGGAUCUUCUCCUCAACAGAAGACCAGUUCUGAUGAAAUAAAAGGACAAGUGAAAGUGGGCAACUGUCAAAUGACCGGGUCGUCCACGUCCUCUUCUCGGGGAUCGCAGCACCGGGUCUGACUGGCGGAAAACAGCACAGACUCGAGAACAAUCUGUUCCCUUCAUUAUCUUAACUUUAUAAAGUCUUCCUGAACUUCCCAAGCCCCUCUGGGGCCACACACAGACCCUCAGGAUAAAGCACUCGAUUUAACACUGGACAACGGGAAGUGAAACACAAUUUCCCCUUUUUCAGGGCAAAACAAAACUGCAAGGGUUUUUUCCCCUCUGCUCCUGAUCCUCUUUCCCCAAACAAAUUUUACUUUGUCUCUGACUUCAUCCGGAUGCUGUCAGUGUGUUCCCUGUGGGAACCAGCACAGCCUCGGGCUCCAUCCCUGCCUUCCACUCCCGAAGCCUCGGCUCCCUGGACAGACGGACAGACGGAUGGCGGGGACGCGCGACAUGCUGCCACCGAACUGCUCGGCGCACAGCCAGGCGGCGGAGGUGGCCACGGCCUCGCUGCUGCUGCUGGAGUGCGGGCUGGGCACACUGGGCAACGCCGUGGCGCUCUGGACCUUCUUCUUCCGUCUGAAGGUGUGGAAGCCCUACGCCGUCUACCUGCUCAACCUGGUGCUGGCGGACCUCCUGCUGGCCGCCUGCCUGCCCUUCCACGCCGCCUUCUACCUGAGUCACAAGCACUGGGACCCGGGGCAUGCGCCCUGCCAAGCGCUGCUCUUCCUGCGGGCCCUGUGCCGCGGGGCGGGCCUGGCCUUCCUCACCGCCGUCACCCUGGACCGCUACCUGCGGGUGGUCCACUCCAGGCUCAGGGUCAACGCGCUGUCGCUGCGGGCGGCCUGGGGCAUCUCAGGCCUGGUCUGGCUGCUCAUGGCCGGGCUCACCCACCAGAGCGCCUUCCUCUCGGAGGCGGAGUGCCCCAGCUCCGAGCCCCGGGAAGAGUCCUCCUUCCGCCACCUCUGGCAGGAGGCGCUUUUCUUCGUCCAGUUCAUCCUGCCCUUCGGCCUCAUCCUGUUCUGCAGCGCGGGCAUCCUCAGGACCCUGCGGAAGCGGCUGCGGGAGCCGGACAAGCAGCCCAAGCUGCGGCGGGCACGGGCGCUGGUGGGCGCGGUGGGCGUGCUGUUCGCACUGUGCUUUCUGCCCUGCUUCGUGGCCCGCGUCCUGCUGGCCGCCUCCCGGGGGGCGCGCAGCUGCGGGCUCCUGACCGCCGCGGUGCACGCGGCUGAUGUGACCGGCAGCCUCACCUACAUGCAGGGUGUGCUGAAUCCCGUGGUCUACUGCUUCUCCAGCCCGGCCUUCCGGCACUCCUACCGCAAGCUCUUCUACACCCUCACCCUGCGGGCCCGCAGGCUGCACGCAGAGGCCCCGGGCUGGGACCUCAGAGACUCGGACUCCUGAGGACCGCCCGCCCUUCCCUGUCUCCAGGACGACUCUCCCGGGGCCGAGCAAGCAGGAUGGGAAGUCAGGAUUCGGCACUACACAUUUCACACCGCGCCAGCAAGCGUCCUGCCCACGCUGUUCACUGCGAUUUCCUCCAGUGACAGAGCCUCACGGAGCCACUACUCAAAACCAAGCCAGCGGAGCCUCCUUGACACAAUCACGGGGCACGCUGAACUGCUCGAUUAUGGCCCCAUGCUCGUUGCUGAGAAAAGAUGCUCUGUGUCCGGUGAUGGAGGGGGAGGAGGAGGAAGGCGGCAUGCCUCGUGUGGUUCUGACGGUUCGGCGUUGGCAAAUCACUUUAACUUCCUAUGCUGGUUUGUAAAUGCAAAGAGGUCUCUGCUCUUUUGCACCUACUGUGCAGACUGUGGUCACCGAUGUGGGGAAGUGGGGCUUCGGGUCUGAAACCAGGUUCCGCCGGCUGUAAGCGUCCCGUGCUCAGCUCUGCUUGAUAAACUUGAGCUCCACUUGCGUAAAUUAUAGGUCACACCCAAGACAGCACGGUCAGUGCCUACCUUUAUUAUUAGGCGUGCUUUCUCACUAAACUUCUCAGAAGUGCUUGUAGAACUCUUUAAGGUUUGAAUGGCUACAUGCUUCUGAAACUCCGUCUGCUUCCCCUGCUCUAAAACAACCGCUGUGCUCUGAGCCUCCCGGGAGGAGCACUCGGUGUGAGAGCGUGCUUUCCACCCAAUGCCCGCAACGCGGAAGUCCUGAGCAAGGCUGCUGGGGACCGGCCGGGCACAAGGCCACGGCAGAGAAGGUGGGCAGAGCCCCUGGACACUAACAGCGGCUGCCUCUUCUCCUCUGACUCUUAGAUGAUGUCCCAGGUUUGCAGCCCAUGCUGCUGACAGAGGACUUAGAGCAUCACCUUCUUAUCUGCCUCAUCUCCCAUCCUCUGUUCAAGGCGGUGGUGCCACCCCAGAGAGACUCUAAGAUGCUUAGAAGGGGCCUGGGGUCUGCCUGUAGCUCUGGAUCCCGGGGUCCGCUCGGAGCACCGGGUCCCGGGAUCUGCCUGUAUCACUGGGUCCCUUGCAGCCCACACUGGGGCCUCACAUGACCUUCACCUGUACCGCCCCCAUGGAGAGACUUCUGCUUUGCCCAGAAGGUGCUCUAUGAAGGUAUUUAAGGUUAAAACUGCUGGAAUUAGGCAACGGGAAAUGGCAAAGCUACCUCCCCUCCAGGAUCUGUGUGCCUCCCACGUAGGCUCCUUGCCAGAACCAGACUUGAAAUGUGGGCAUGACCUUCCCACUGUGCCCUGAAGGAGGCAGGCCGCCAGUACUAACACGGGGAAUGUGGGUCCCCCAGCAACACUGCGCUCUCUUCUCGGAGUUCAGUUCCUCCCGAGUGAACAGAAUUUCAAAGGACUUAGAAGGGGAAUAGGACCCGAUGAGGUGUGAUGCCAAUGAAUAAAAUUCUCUGAUGUGGCCAUUCUAAA